UUGAAUUUAAUAAUUUAGUUGUAGAUAAUAAUUAGAAAAAAAAUAUGAUUAUAUUAUUUCCAUUAUUGAUGAUUAUUAUUAUAAUUAUUGUUGUUGCAUUGACAAUCAAUCAUGUAUUUACAUAUUCAUUUGGUGAUAUAAAUAUGAUAAAUGAUGAUGAAAUAAAUUUGAAUGAAGUUUCAAUGCCGAUCAAAAAUUUGAGUUACAAAAAUAAUAAUGAUGAUAAUAAUCAUAAUAAGAAAAAAAUACCUAGAAUUGUUAUUAUUGACAGAAUUGAAAAAAUAUUAAAAGAUAAUAGUCGAAUAUUUCCUGACUGUGACAAUAAAGAAAUUGAUGAAUUUUCAAAUGACAUUGAAAGUUUUUUGUAUAAACAUUUUGAGAACUGGAAUAAAAAUGACGAUGAACAUUUUCGCUAUUAUUGCGACUGUGGGGUAAAAAAAUUACAAAUUUACAGGAUUAAUAAACAUAAAGCUGAUUUAGAUAUUGCCACUGACAUCAUUUAUCAUAUUGAUGACAAAAUUUUGAUACAUUUCAAUGACAAUAGAGCUAAAUAUCAGAGUCACUAUUUUAAUUUUGCAAUUUCUCUGACGCGUUUGUUAUCAAGUUAUGAAUUUUUAGCAGACGAUAGUUUUAUGGACAAUAAGUUGAUUUGUCACGAAGUGAUUAAUAAAUUGACUGACGUGUUUAACAAUGAGUUAUAUUCUACGGAUGACUGGAUAAGUCUCAAUCCGAAAAAAAUUGUUUACUUAAAUAUCCCGCGGUUAUUAACGAAUUAUUUAUAUGAUUUAAAUAAAUUCAAGGAAUUUAUUGAUAAUGGUAUUCUUGAUUUAAUCAGAAAAUCAUUUUCCCUAGUAAAUGAUCGGCAGUAUAAGUAUUUCUAUUUAAAUUUAUUUGAUGUAUUGGAGAUGAUUAAUUACUAGAUAAGUUAUUUAGUAACUUUUUUUAUUAAAUAAUUUUAUAAAGUUAGUAUUUUAUUAUUUAAAAUAUAUUAAAUUGACAACUAAAUAAAGGAACAGUCUCGUGAUAAAAAUAUGAAAAAAAGUAUACGUA